UAAUUUUCCUAGUUGUUCACAAACAACAUUAUUUUAUUAGUUUCUUGAGAAAUUAUGGCUUUUAAAAGCCCCCUAUACUCUCUGCUCUUUAUCAUGAUAUUAUCACUUGCUGUAUUCUGCUCAGCAGAAGAUGAUGGUGACAAACCUUACUCUUGCUCUAAAGCAACUUACUACAAAAACCCUGAAGGAGGCAAAUCAAAAGGAGCUUGCGGAAUGAAAGAAUGGGAGAAAAAGAUUAACGAUGGUAAAGUUGGCGCCGUCAGCCAUAGGCUGUACAAGGAUGGUAAAAGCUGUGGUACAUGCUACGAGGUGAAGUGCGGAGAGAAGAAAUGGUGUAGUGAGAAAGGCACAAAAAUGGUGGUGACGGAUUGCGAUGAAAGCGACAAAGAAGGAACGGAUUUCAGGAUGAGUUACAAAGCCUAUGGAGAUAUGGCCAAAGAUGAAGAGUCCAAAAAACGCCUGUUCGAAAAGGGCGAGGUUGAAGUUAAAUACAAGAGGGUUAAAUGUGAUUAUUUCAAGGAUGGCCACAAAUUCAUGGUGAAAUAUGACAAGAAGAACAGCAAGUGGCCGGAUUACCAUAAAAUCACAGCACUCUACAAUGACGACGAAGAUUACAUCGACGAAGUUAAAAUUAUAGCCAAGGAUGAGAAGGAGAAGGAGAAGGAAAAGGAGAAGGAGAAGAGGUGGGAGUUUAAGGAAAUGAGAAGAGCAUAUGGAGCAGUUUGGGACAUUGCUACUUAUAAGCCAAAGUCAUUUGUGGAGAUCAAGACAGAGAAGGGAAAGAAAUAUUAUGAGUGGGUUAAAUGCAUGGAGAAAGAUGAGAAAGAUGAGAAAGAUGAUAAGUGUGAAAAAGAUGAUGAAGAUGAUAAAGAUGAUAAAGAUGACAAGAAUAAAAAAGAUGGAGCAGCUGAUGAUGGUCGUGAUCAUGGGAAAUCUUCAGCCAAAGCAGCCACCGAAAAGCUCAUCAACUAA